UGCGCAUUAUUCGUGACUGCGAAGUGCGGCUACUUCGUCCGCCAAAGGCUUUUCCUGCUCCGUCUUCAAGAUAAAGCUCUUACGGCUUCUUCCCCCUUGGCUGGGGCGAAUCAUCCCCCCGACACUGCGUCCAACCCCGAAAAUGGCGAUUCCCGAGACGGCGCCCGCGCCGCAGAAUUGCGUCGCCGACCAGAAUGCGCCAGCGACCAUCACAGCCGAGCCGAAGAAGAAGCUGCUCGGCAGGGAAUUCUACAAGAGCAUAGGCAGUCCAAAGUACAUCAUCGCGCCCAUGGUGGACCGAUCUGAAUUCGCAUGGCGCAUGCUCACCAGGUCCUUCCUGCCACCGGACGAGCAGAAGCAGAUCCUCGCCUACUCGCCCAUGUACCACGCCCGGCUCUUCCGGGAGCAGGCCAACGUGCGCGCGCAGCACUUCCACCCGACGCGCGCGGCAGCCGGCAAAGAAGAAGGCGACGAGUCCCCAUAUCUCGACGGCAACCCGGCCAUUGACCGACCGCUCUUCGUGCAAUUCUGCGCCAACGACCCGGACGACUUCCUCGAGGCGGCCCGCCAUGUGGCGCCGUACUGUGACGCGGUGGACCUGAACCUCGGAUGUCCGCAGGGGAUCGCGAAGCGCGGACACUACGGGGCGUUCCUCCAGGAGGACUGGGACCUGAUCUACAAGCUGAUCAACCGCUUGCACACCGAGCUGUCCAUCCCCGUCACCGCCAAGUUCCGGAUCCAGGAGACCAAGGAGAAGACGCUGGAGUAUGCGAAAAUGAUUCUCUCUGCCGGUGCGAGUAUAAUCGCCGUUCACGGCCGUCGGAGGGAGCAGAAGGGUCACAAUACUGGCGUCGCAGAUUGGAGCUACAUCCGCUACCUGCGCGACAACCUGCCUCCGGAGACCGUCAUCUUCGCCAAUGGCAACAACUUGAACUACGAGGAUCUGGACCGCUGUUUGGAGGCUACCGGCGCGGAUGCCGUGAUGAGCGCCGAGGGAAACUUGUCGGAUCCGUCAAUCUUCAGCAAGCCGCCUCCCAUCGGCAGUGAGGGCAGGGAGUACUGGCGCGGCAGGGAUGGAAAGGGCGGAUAUCGCAUCGACGCGAUGCUGCGGCGCUAUCUGGAUGUGAUCUACAAGUACGUCCUGGAGCAGCCGGUCCCGGAGCGGAUGCCUCUCUAUCUGCCGUCUGACCCCGUAGAGGAGCAGUCGGAGCAGCAAGUUGAGGCUGAGGAGGAGGACGGCCCGCCUAAGAAGAGGCAGAAGCGUGAGAAGGGCAAGCGGGCGUCUGCCAGCCUGGGCGUGAUGCAGGGCCACCUCUUCCAGCUUCUCCGUCCCAUGGUCUCGGUGCACACGGACGUCCGCGACGCGCUGGCGAGAUCACAUCCCGGGGACAUGCCGGCGUUUGAGAACGUCUUGGCGCUCGUCGAGAAGGCCGUCAAGAAGGGACUCCAGGAAUACGACCAGUUCCCCGAGCGCUUCGAGCGGUCGCCGGACGAGAAGCUGACCGGCUCCAAGGCGACGAUCGCCGAAUACGGCCGACCCUUUUGGGUAUGUCAGCCUCACAUCCGGCCCCUGCCCGAGGAGGCCGUGGAGCUUGGAGCUCUUACGGCCAAGGGAGCCGUCACCACCAAGAAGAAGGCCAAUGGCAAGACGGAAGAAGUCGAGGCUGCCAGCAACGCUCCUACUGCCGAGGGGUCUGCGACUCCUUCUGGAGACUCGAAGACGGUGUCAGCCAUGGCGACGCCUGAUCCUCUGGUGAGCGGUUGAAACAUGACUUAAACGUUGGGAUCUUGAAAAUUUUUGCGGAGUCCAGGAAGGGCGUCACUCAUAGCAUUUAUACCCAGUUUGGGGCAUAGCUUACUGUAACCUAAUUGCUUUGUUUAGAUCAUUUAGACCUGUGGAUAGAC